UGGCGGCGGGGGGAACAGCUCGGUGUGCCGCUCCCCGGCCAGGCCCUGCCCACGGCUCCGCCAGCAGGGGACACCCGCGACACCCGGGACAUCCGUGACCCGCGCCGCGCUCACCGCCCGCCAAACCCCAUAAAAAUAAUGAAACGCUCCCAAAAACCCCGCGGCCCCUCGUGCUCGGGGCGCGGCCCCAACCCCCGCCCGCCGGGCCCCGCUGCCUCGGCAACCGUGACGUCAGGCAGGGAGGGCGGAAGCGCGGCGGGCGGUGGCGGCAGACCCGGGCGGAAGCGGAGCGCUUUACGGCAGGUUGCGCGAUAGCGGCGCGGCGCUUUCCGGCUGUCCCGGCGUGGGGCACCAUGGCGGAGGAGUGGUUGGGCGUGGAGGCGGCGGCGAGCGGCGGCGAGAGUGAGGAGGAGGAGGGGCAGGAGGAUGGCGAGAGGCGGCACCGGCAGCUCCUGGAGGCGGUCAGCUCCCUCUCCGGACGGCGGCGGCAGAAGCUGGCGGAGCGCACGGAGGCAAGCGUGCAGGUGUCCGAGUUCAACGUCAGCUGCGAAGGUGCCGGGGAGAAGCUGGUUCUGUCUGAGCUCCUGCAGCCCAUCCGUCCUAAAUCCGCCCUCAGCAGUGUGAAGAAAGAGCUGACCAGAGUGAAGCAGAAAAAGGCUGUGGAGCUGCCACUCAGCAAAGAGGAGGCAAAGCGGGUCGUCAGAGAAGCUGCCUACGUCAGGACCUCUAAGGACGUGGGCAAGUGGCAGCAGGUAGUUUUGCAGAACCGACGAGCAGAGCAGCUGGUUUUCCCUCUGAAGCAGGAGAUUGCUACAGUCGUCCCUCUGGAGCAAGUGGCUUCAGGAUGGAAGGCCCGAACUCCCCUGGAGCAGGAGAUCUUUGGACUGCUCUACAAGACGCAGAAGCCCAUCACAGACCCGCUCCUGACGCCAGAGGAGACGGCCUCGCUGCAGGCAAUGAGCCUGGAGGAGGCCCGGCGGCGGCGGGCAGAGCUACAGAAGGCUCGGGCAAUGCAGUCCUACUAUGAAGCCAAGGCUCGGCGAGAGAAGAAGAUCAAGAGCAAGAAGUACCAUCGCGUGCUGAAAAAAAGCAAGAGACGCAAGGCCUUGAAGGAGUUUGAGCUGCUGCAUAAGUCGGACCCUGAGGCUGCCUUGGCGAAGCUGGAGGAGCUGGAGCAGCUCAGGAUGCAGGAGCGGAUGAGUCUUAAGCACCAGAACAAGGGAAAAUGGGCCCGCUCCAGGGCCAUUAUGGCUAAGUAUGACCUGGAGGCCCGCAAGGCCAUGCAGGAGCAGCUGGCCAAGAACAAGGAGCUGAUGCAGAAGGUGCGGGUGGAGCUGCCCAAGGAGGAGCCGGGUGACGUGCCUGAGGAGGACCUCGCGUCGGUGACCGUCCCCACCCUCCCUGCGGGUGCCAGCGAAACUAAUCCUUGGAUGCUGGGCAAGCCCAGCAGCCCAGCCGAGGAGCCUGAGGUGCAGGAGGGUCUUGGAGACGUUGCAGUGCCAGGUGCUGCAGAGUGCAAGGAGGAGAUGGAGAAGGAAGAGGAGGAGAUGUCGGAGGAGGAAGCUCUGCUACAAGACUUUGCACAGAAACGGCACGCGCGGCAGCAGCGGGCAGGAAGCCCCGAGGGACAAGGUGAGGGGCUCGCAGCCCCGGGCAGUGUGGGUCCGGUGUGCUGCAGGGGUGGGCAAACAAAGGGGGGUCCUGGGGGCUGUUUUCUGCCCAGUCUCACACAGCUGUCCUGCUCUCUCCCUCCCUGCUCUCACGGGCGCUGUUUCUCACCUGUCACUUCAUGUGUAGGUGCUGAUGAGACGGAGGCAGUCCCUGAACUGCCGGGGGACGGCCCCAUCCAGCCCGUCUGUGCCGAGGAGCAGGCGAGCACAGGGAUCGAGCAGCCUUCCCAGGCCCAGGAGGAGAUCCUGCUGUCGGAGCAGCUGGGCCGGGUGCGGACGAUGGAGGACGUCGAGGCUCUGGCCUCAGGGGAGCCUGUGGAAGAGCAGGAGAAGCCAGCAGCUGCAAGAGCAGAGAAGCAAGUGCAGCAGCAGCAGGAGGAGAGCAGAGCUAGUGGGGGCAGGCGUGCCAGGAAACCACCAGCCAAGAAGAAGAUCAUUAGCCUGCAGGCCAUGCUGUCUGGGAAGACCCAGGAGGUUCAGUUCUCCAGCCUACCUGUGGUCGUCGAGGAGGAGGACGGUGGCAUCGACCAGAGAGGGGUGAUCACAGAGGCCUUUGCCGGGGAUGAUGUGGUUGCCGACUUCCGCCGGGAGAAGCGCAAAGCAGAGCAGGCUGCGAAGCCGCAGCCGGUGAACCUGGUGCUGCCGGGCUGGGGCGAGUGGGCAGGCACAGGGCUGAAGCCCAGCGCCAAGAAAAUAAAACGGUUCCUGCUCAAGCCGCCCCCGGCGCCUCCCAGGAAGGACCAGCACUUGCCCCACGUCAUCCUGAGCGAGCGGCGCAACAUCCACGCGGCAGCACAUCAGGUCAGCGAGCUGCCCUUCCCCUUUGAGAGGCACCAGCAGUUUGAGCAGAGCAUCCGGACGCCCGUGGGCGCCACGUGGAACACGCAGCGUGCCUUCCAGAAGCUGACAGCCCCCCGCGUCGUUACCCGGGCGGGCCACAUCAUCCAGCCCAUCUCUGCCGAGGACGUCCCCGACAUGGGCACCGCAGCUGGCAGCGGAGCCAAGCCAGCGCUAGAAAUUGCGCCCCAGCGGCAAGAGCAGCCCUUUCGCCGCCCGCGCAAGAGAGCGCGGUAGCUCCGUGCCCGUGCGUUUCUGGCGCUCGGACUGGGGCGGGCGCAGGAGCCCGGAGAGCCUCCUGGCUCUGUCCAGUACCUUCUACCGCUUCCCCCACAAUAAAACUCCCGGCCGCCUCGCCGGCGCAGCCUGCGCGGCUGUGCCCUCGCAGCGCCCCGGGGACGGGACAGCUGGUGCCCUCCUGCCUGUCCUUGGGGCCCCGCGCGGGGCCGGGCGCUCUGGCCUGGUGUAACGUGAACGGCGGCUCGCUGCGGGUCAGGCCUGGGAGGUGCCGCUCGGGGCCCGGAGUGUGGCGAGGGGGUGGAGCAGCCGCCAGCGCUCGCCUGGGUUUCCCCUCCCCUGUGUUUUUUUGCCUUUCAUACCCCCGGGUUUUUUAUGUACAAUAUAACUUUUAUGUAUAAUU